CCGAGAGAUACUCUAUUGUUCACAGUCAUGGCUACGAAAUCCCAACUCAGAACGCUCGCCGACCUUCUGCUCAACUCCGUGAACAGCAUAGAGACCCGUCUCGCAUCGAGAAACCUGGCGUUUCCCAGUCUCGCGACCCCAUUCGACCCGCACACAGAGGCAGAAUCCGUCCUUCGUGAAACGGACAUGCUCUCCGCGGUGUCACAAAUCGUGGCGGCGGCCUCGCAGAUGAUAGCGAUGGUCCGGACGCCGGUAGAGACUGUCAUGGAGUACAGCAUGCUAUACCACCUUCCAUCGUGUUUGCGUGCAGCAAUCGAGAGCAACGUCGUCGAGAUUGUGGGAAGAGCUGGGCCCAAGGGCAUCCAUAUACAUGACAUCGCAAGGAUCAAUGGGACUUCCCCGCAGAAACUGGGCCGCAUUCUCCGCCUCCUUGCAAAUCACCACAUUUUUCGGGAAAUUCGACGGGAUGUUUUCUGUGCGAAUCGAUUAUCGUCAGUGCUUGAUUCCGGCAAGUCCUUGGAAAAGUUGGAUGCCAAUCCGCAGGCCCGGUACGAAAACUCAUCUGGAGUCGCCGCACUAGUAGUUAUGCACGCGGACGAAGGGCUCAAGUCCUCCGCGUUCCUUACCGAAGCAUUCCUGUCUCCAUGCACCGCGCAUUCAACUCAAGCGACCGAUUCUCCAUGGAACAUUGCGUUCCAGACAAACAUGUUCAUCUUCGACUACUAUGACAAGCCGAAGAAGGCGCACCUCAAGGUCCGGUUUUCCUCGGCGAUGGCAUGCAGCACCCGUCUGGAGCCCCCCGCUGCGAUACUCGCUGGGUUUGACUGGACGAAGCUGCCCGUGAGCGCAACAGUCGUCGACGUCGGCGGCGGAGUCGGCGCGACUUCUCUCAUCAUCGCGAAGAACGUCCCCCACCUGAAUCUCGUGGUGCAGGACCGCACCUCCGUCAUCUCCGUCGCGCACAAGUACUGGCCUUACGAGAUGAUCGCAAGCGGCCGCGUGAGGCUGCAGGAGCACGACUUCUUCUCCGCCCAGCCCAUUCGCGACGCAGACGUGUUCUUGUUGCGCUGGAUCAUGCACGAUUACGACGACACUAAAGCGUGGGAGAUCCUCCAGAACUUGCGCGAGGCAGCGACAAGUAGCACGAAACUCGUCACCGUUGAUAUCCUCAUGCCUCAUACCUGCAUCGAUGAUGAGCAGGAUUCGCACUACGACAUACCAGGGGCAUUCACUCCAUCUGCACCGGGCCCGCUGCUGCCGAACAUGGGAGCAGCAAAUAACAUGAAGUACUGGCUGGACAUGCAGGUGAGAGAUGACGGAGCAGACGUCGGGACCAGGGGAAUGACGCGUCUCGCAGAUGUUCGUACUUGGAAACAGUCAGGAACGAACAUUGCCGCAGUUCGUUGCGUUGGCCGCAUGCGCAGGAUGGAAAGUUGUGCAGGUGCAUCACAUUCCUGGCUCUGCGCUCGGUCAGUGUGUCUCGAUACCCAUAUGAGCGAAAAAGAAGCAAGCAGAAAAAUGGCACAGCCCUCGGCCCGUUGA